UAAUGGCUGUGUUUAAAAGUGGGAGAAUUUCUAAGCAUUCCUCAGUUGUUUCUCGCAGGCCAGCAGGAGCCAACAGCCAGUUCAUUUUUCAGAUGAGAGAUCUGAGGCACGGAAAGGUUAAGCAACUGUUCCAGGCCGCAGGCCUAACACAUCUGUCUCCUAAGCCAAAAUGUACCCUCAGAAUCCAAUAUAGUGCCUGAGAACAUAUGUCGUUCAAUACACAAUUGCAAAUACAUGAAUACAUAGUUAAUUGUCUCUAAACACACAAAAGAGAAACACUUAAGCAUUGAAAACAAACACACCAGAGCGAAACUAACAUCUCCUUAAAACUCACUCACAGCCCCACGAAGAUCAAUCCCCCAUCUGACUACCCUCCGCAGCGCUCCAGCUCCUGAGCGCCUUUACAGUUCACCAGCUGUCACCGGAGACGUCGCCCACCCCUUCGCCACCGGCUUGACUCGCCCGGCUUCCCGUCGCCCGCCCUGCCGGGCCGCAAGGCUUCCUGGGAGUGGUAGUCCCCUGUCAGGCAGCUGCGGCGGCAGCAGCAGCCAGGCGCUCCGGGCCGCGGAACUACAGAGGCGGCGCACGGGCCCGAGGCUCUUCCGCAUCGCCUAUCGCUCCCCGGCGGCGUGCCGCCCCAGCUAUCAUGGCGGCUCCCUUGGCCCUGGUGCUGGUGGUGGCCGUGACGGUGCGGGCGGCCUUGUUCCGCUCCAGUCUGGCCGAGUUCAUCUCCGAGCGGGUGGAGGUGGUGUCCCCACUGAGCUCUUGGAAGAGAGUGGUUGAAGGCCUCUCACUGUUGGACUUGGGAGUGUCUCCAUAUUCAGGAGCAGUAUUUCAUGAAACUCCAUUAAUAAUAUACCUCUUUCAUUUCCUGAUUGACUAUGCUGAAUUGGUAUUUAUGAUAACUGAUGCACUCACUGCCAUUGCCCUGUAUUUUGCAAUCCAGGACUUCAAUAAAGUUGUGUUUAAAAAGCAGAAACUCCUCCUUGAACUAGACCAGUAUGCCCCAGAUGUGGCUGAACUCAUCCGAACGCCAAUGGAAAUGCGUUACAUCCCUCUGAAAGUGGCCCUGUUCUAUCUCUUAAAUCCCUACACGGUCUUAUCUUGUGUUGCCAAGUCUACCUGUGCCAUCAACAAUACCCUCAUUGCUUUCUUCAUUUUGACCACGAUAAAAGGUAGUGCCUUCCUCAGUGCUAUUUUUCUUGCCUUAGCAACAUACCAGUCUCUGUACCCACUCACCUUGUUUGUCCCAGGACUCCUUUAUCUCCUCCAGCGGCAGUACAUCCCUGUGAAAGUAAAGAGCAAAGCCUUCUGGAUCUUCUCUUGGGAGUAUGCCAUGAUGUACAUGGGAAGCCUAGUGGUAAUCAUUUGCCUCUCCUUCUUCCUUCUCAGCUCCUGGGAUUUCAUCCCUGCAGUCUACGGCUUCAUACUUUCUGUUCCAGAUCUCACUCCAAACAUUGGUCUUUUUUGGUACUUCUUUGCAGAGAUGUUUGAGCACUUCAGCCUCUUCUUCGUGUGUGUGUUUCAGAUCAACGUCUUCUUCUACACCAUCCCCUUAGCCAUUAAGCUGAAGGAGCACCCUGUCUUCUUCAUGUUCAUCCAGAUUGCCAUCAUCUCCAUCUUCAAGUCCUACCCGACAGCGGGGGACGUGGCCCUCUACAUGGCCUUCUUCCCCGUGUGGAGCCAUCUCUGCAGAUUCCUGCGGAACAUUUUUGUCCUCGGCUGCAUCAUUAUCGUCUGCUCCCUGCUCUUCCCCGUCCUGUGGUACCUCUGGAUUUACGCAGGAAGUGCCAACUCCAAUUUCUUUUAUGCCAUCACACUGACCUUCAACGUUGGGCAGAUCCUGCUGAUUUCUGAUUACUUCUAUGCCUUCCUGCGGCGAGAGUACUACCUCACUCACGGUCUCUACCUGACGGCCAAGGACGGCACGGAGGCCAUGCUUGUGCUCAAGUAGGCCUGGCCGGGCACAGGGCUGUACGGACUCAGGGGGUGGACAGGCCAAAAGCUGGGCCAAGCCCUCGAGCCAGAAUUGCCAGCAGGCAAGUCCUCAGGCAGAUGAGGUUCAAGUCCAGGGUCACGAUCUUGGCACCAGAGGAGAGCCAAGGCUGGCAGCAAGGCCUAUGGGGCUUUGCCAGGCGCACCUCCACUUGGACCCACAGUUUUUGGCUCUGCACACAAAGGAGCCCCCUCCCAGACAGGACAGGGGAGGAAGCAGGUGAGCAGGGUUUGUUAGGUUGUUGACUUAAUAAAUUUCUUUUUGGUA